AUGACUGAUGCUAUACACACCAGCAAUCAUGUUGGUGGUGCAAACACUGCAACAAAGUACCUGCUGAAGAAACAACACAAGCAGAUGAAUGGACACACUCGAGAAACCCGAUCUACCUCACCAAUGGGCAGGGUGAUCCUUAUUACUGGUACUUCUCCAGUUGAAGCUGGUACUGAAGAAUACAAUUCAGCUGAGGCGAUCCACACCAUCACAGUGGGGAAAAGUCUUGAUGGGAAGUUGGGAUUCAGUGUCCGUGGGGGUUCUGAACAUGGUCUUGGAAUAUUUGUGAGCAGAAUAGAAGAAGGAAGUGCAGCUGAGCAAAGUGGGCUCUGCGUAGGUGAUAAAAUUAUGGAAGUUAAUGGAAUUAGUUUAGAGAAUAUCACCAUGGGAAGUGCUGUCACUGUGCUCACUGGAAGCCAUCACCUACAUUUGGUAGUAAGACGCUUGGGGAAAGUUCCAGGGAUCAAGUUUUCUCGAGAACUAACCACAUGGGUUGACACUGUAACAAGAAGGAUAAUAGCAGAAAAAAAUCAGAUAUCUGCAGACAGUGUAUCUGAGGAUGGAGCCAGGAGAAUCAUCCAUCUUUACACGAGUUCAGAUGAUGUGUGUCUAGGUUUUAAUAUCAGAGGUGGAAAGGAAUUUGGUUUGGGAAUAUAUGUGUCCAGAGUUGAUCCUGGGGGACUAGCAGAACAGAAUGGCAUUAAAGUUGGUGACCAGAUACUGGCAGCCAAUGGAAUAAGCUUUGAGAAAAUUACCCACAGUAAGGCCGUAGAAAUCCUGAAGAGUUACACACAUGUGAUGCUGACAGUUAAGGAAAUUGGUAAAUAUCCUGCAUACAAGGAAAUGGUGGCCGAAUACAGCUGGUUGACUAAAUUGACAAAUAAUCAUUCUCAGCGCUUUGGCUCAGACAUAAAUUCCUCCACUUCAUCUCAUUCAUCUGGGACACCUUUGAGCUCCAUGAGUGAUUCUUUGCAGGUCUUCCUCCCCACUACCCACAGUUCAACUGACAUGGUAGAUGUAUGUAUUUCCACAGAGGACUCCAAAUCUCUUCAGUACAAUCGUCUAAAUACAAUAGAGACUGCAAUACAAACAGACCUCCAGUUGUCUCCCUCCUCGAAUGUUGACAUUUCAGGUGAACAAAGGACAGGAAAGCCAGUGACAGAGCGAAGCCGGACACUUGGGCGUACAGUUCUCUUAAAGGAGACAGCCAUUAGAUCAGAGAGUUUUAAAGAAAUGUGCAUCAAACAGAGAACUUACUCCACUGGCGAUUCUGCUGAUGAACUUCUGCUUUCUCCAAAAACUGCAGUGCUGUUGGCCCUAAGUAAACCAAGGAAACCAAUCAGUCGAUCACAGAGUUACAUUACAAUUGGAGAGGACAAGAAGAAAAAGAAAAAGAAGCAAAAGACUUCUCCAGAAGGAACAAAGUUGGAGCGCUCCAAAACAUUUAUGAACCUGCUUUUCAGAGGCACUCGAUCUGGAAGGCAGUCAAGUGAGCAAAAUCCAAAAGAUAAAAUCAGGUCCAAAUCCCCAUCUCGCUCAGAAACAGAUAAAGAUAAAGAAAGAGGUCAUCACUUUAACAUUUUGGGCUCCCAGCGAGAUCAGCAUGGCCUCUCAACCGCAGACACAUAUAGCCACGCGCUAGCUGUGAUUGAAGACAUUGCCAGAAAGCUCCUGAAUCAAGAUGAAGUCAAUGCAGUUUUGCGUCACUGUAAGCAGUUUGUUUCAGGUGGUGGAGUGGAAGACUUGGUGCGGCCCCUACUUUCUAUAUUAGAUAAACCGGAGAAGUUGCUGAUAUUGAGAGAGAUCCGGGCCAUUAUUGGACCAACUGACUUGGGCAGAUUUGACAGCAUGGUGAUGCCUUACGAACUGGAAGCAUAUGAUAUUCUAAAGAAUAGAGCAGGGAGAUCUCCAGUACUGAGGGCUGCUGACAGUGGACUGACCCCAAAGAGACAUUUGAUUACACCAAUUCCAGAUUACAGAGGUGGGUUUCAUCUGAAACCAUCUCAGGAUUAUGAAAAGGAAAGAAUGAUGAUGGAACAAAUCGAAAAGCUGAGGAUAUCGAGCUCCCCGCGGAAAGGAAAUAACAUGAAAUCAUUCACAGCUUUAGAAGAUGUGCCAGUAGAUUCAUACAACAUAGACAGUACUUCCUUUAAAACAGCUUCAAGCAGACCAGUGAGAUCAAACUGGUUAUUAACAGAGACCUUUCGAACUCCAGAACUACCAUCUGCUGCAAAGCAGAAUAUCAAUACCACCCAAUCUGAGCUGGCUGGCAAUGGAAAAUCAAGCCAUCAAGAAACUAUAAAAGAGAAAACUGAGAAAAUUAAAGACUUGCCAUUGUAUUCAGUUGUGAAUAAAUCCAAAAAAGCACAACCCUUAUUAGAUCAUGUGUUUAAAGAAACUUCGUCAGUGUCAUUCCAUAGCAAAGAAACAGAAAACACAAAUGCACACAACCAAAAUUGCUUUGAGGAAGAACCAAUAUAUGCAGAGAUUGACGAAUUUUUGGAAAAUGCACAUGCAGAAAGGAAUAACACCAGUGAAGAAAUAAAAACAGAAUUGGUAAAAAGUACAGAAAAGAAAAUACAGGAAUCUGAGUUGGUGAUGGUCAACAUUUCCAAGAUGAAGCAAUCGUUAGGGAUCAGUAUUUCUGGUGGGAUUGAAUCUAAAGUGCAACCUGUUGUAAAAAUCGAGAAGAUUUUCCCAGGAGGUGCUGCGUCAGUAAAUGAAAUUCUUAAGGCUGGUUAUGAAUUGGUUUCGAUUGAUGGGAUAAGUCUACAAAAUGUCACACACCGGCAAGCAGUGGACAUAAUUCGUCGAUCUUACAGUAACAAAUCUCUAGAUCCAAUGGUGUUGGUUGUUAAGGUACCGAAGAGCAGCUGAAGACUAAAUCAUUUAGGACCAUGAUGGACUGUUGGCAUUUAAAUUGGGAUGAUUGCACAGUACAGAUAUUAUAA